AUGUCGACCACGAUCAAGGCAAGUGAUGUGGUGGAAAAGCUUGCCUCAGCGAUGAUGCAGGAACGUCAGCAACUGAUGGAAAACGCACAAGCCUCUGUGGUCGCAUCGCAAAGAAUCAAAGAUCUCGAAGCUGUACAUAAGACAUGGAGUGCGUGGAGAGAACAACUUCAAUGUGUGCAGGACACACAACGGCUUUGUGAAACAGAAAAAGACAAGGACAUGCUGGAGAUGGCUGAGCAAGAGCUCAGUCAGAUGCGUGAUGAGGCAGACGCGCGGCACGAAGCACUUAAACAGCAGAUUCUCUCAAACUCGCGCAGCAUUCAGAGCAAAGGAGCGAUUAUGGAGCUGCGGCAGGGUGUGGGAGGACAGGAAUCCUGCUUGUUCCUUGGGGAAAUGCUACGUAUGUACAUCAAGUUUUGUGAGACGCGUGCACAAAAAGCACAAGAUGAAGACGAUCCAUCGAUGCUUGGUGCUGGUUGGUCCACGGACCUGUUGUCUGCAACCCCUGUGGAUGUAUCAGCAACUAGCGGUGCUGGUGACGCUUAUCGAGAAGCCAUUUUACAAAUUCACGGCCCAAAUGCAUUUGAGGCACUCCGAUUCGAAGCCGGUGUGCACCGUGUGCAAAGAAUCCCGGCAACUCAGAACUUGGGAAAGUUGCAAACAAGCACAAUGGCCAUAAUUGUGCUGCCAAUGCAGGCAGAAAAUGAUGUAUCGAAAGACAUUGUCGAUUCAAAAGACGUAAGAGUCGAGACGAUGCGCGCUCGCGGCGCUGGCGGUCAACAUGUGAAUAGGACAGAAUCGGCCGUGCGUCUCACGCACGAUCCCUCCGGCAUUACAGUAUCCAUGCAGGAUUCGCGAAGCCAGCAUCAGAACCGCGUCAAAGCGUGGGAUGUGCUUCGUGCGCGUCUCUUAGACAUCCAUUUACAGAAAGAGGCGAGUGAGAAUCGCGCUUUGCGUCGCUCACAGGUCGCAAGUGCCGAGCGAAGCGAACGCGUGAGGACGUACAACUUUCCGCAAGAUCGAGUCACUGACCAUCGCAUUGGGAUCUCACUUUCCGACAUCCAUCGGUUCAUGGAUGGCGAUGACAGUAGUGGAACAGGUCUCUCAUAUCUGAUUGAAGAGCUCAUGGCUCGAGAAGAUGAAAUUCGGCUGCAUGCCUUGCUUGAGUCUCAAGAAGCAAAGGCGUAA